GCCGCUCUCCGCGCUCUUGUUGGCUGAGAGGCUCCAGCUCGGGGCCCCCUAGUCCCGCCUCGGCCCCGUCGGCUCCCUCCCGUCCCGCCGCCGGCCAUGGACAACGGAGACGUGUACAACCCCACCACGGAGGGUGUCCCGGCCUCCGCGAACGGCCCCGGGCGCAGCUCCUGCAGCUUCUCCCUGACCCGGCCCAGCCGGCUCCGGGCCCCCGUCAAGCUGGCCGAGCUGGUGCUGUCUCUGGCGGCCUUCAUCUGUGAGGAGGUUGUGUCCCGCUGCACGCAGUGCGGAGGCCUUUACUUUUUUGAGUUUGUCAGCUGUAGUGCCUUCCUCCUGAGCCUGCUUGUGGUGAUUGUCUGCUUCACCAGUUUGUACGACAGGGUGGACCAGAGCAAAGUGAAGAAGUCGGACUUCUAUAUCACUUUGAUAACUGGAUUGAUGUUUUUGAUAGCGUCAGUAACCUUUGCUUGCACCAGUGAUGGGACCUCACCCGAAACCGCUGCAGUUGUAUUUGGAUUUUUGGCGAGCAUUGUAUUCCUAAUUGAUUUUGGUUUACUGAAGUUUGAAAAUGUUCAGAAGUCCCAGACGAGGAAACCUGAAGUCCCCCAAACCACUCUUACCCAGCCACUGAAUGGCUAGGAGAACAGUAGAGAAGGCAGGAACCAGAGGAUAAGCAAGCCGGGUGGAGAGUGCUUAUAAAAUACAGACUUGGACUCUAUUAAGACCAGCUGUCUGUGUUUACUCACUGCGGGGAGGGGAUGAGGAUGCACUUUGUUAAGCCAGCAUUUUGCUCAGAGCUCUGUUCAGGUUGCUUUUUUCCCAACUACUGCUAAAGUGUGUUCCUUAAUGAAAUUUCUUGUUGCUAUUUUUUUCUUUAAAACCCAUUUCCAUCAAGUGACGAACCUUUCUGUGAUACUGUGACAAGAUCACCUUGACUGUGUUGGCUUUCAAAUAGCACUGUGUGUUCGUAUAAAUGGUAUGAAAUGUUCAUCUGAUUGACCUUUGCUCUUAUUGAAUUAAUUUGCUUAUUUGAAAUUUGGGGGGAGAUUUCAAAAAAGAAAAAACCUAAACAUUGAGUGACUGAAUUUUACCUUAUUGAAUAUUAUUUAACCUAUUUAAAAGGGGAAAAAGUGUUCAACUUUUCAGAUACAGGAGUCUCGUUUUUCUCAUCUCAUAUCAUACCUAGGUGCAAUUGCAGCUCAGCCAUGAAGCAGAAUAAAUCAUUCUUUUUCAAAUAUCCCAUCCCCACCUUGGAGGGUCUUUGGCUUGCCCGCUAUAAAUGACUUUCUGAUUGAGGCUGGGUUUGUAUGUGUGGCUUUAAACAACUGUGAUAGCCUCUAGUCCAUAGUAGAGUUUGGGUGGAAGCUAGCUGCCAGAUUGUUAGCUUGUGAGGUGAAAGCUGUCACCUGGUAAGCAAGAAGAGACAUUGACCCACCUCCUGUCCUGAUCAGAAAAGGGGAGCUCCCUCCAUUAUCCGCAAGGCUGAACAUGGCAGCGCCAUAAUAGUAGAUUUGGCAUUGUUGGGUUUCCCAGGCAUGCCAAGGUACAAGGCCGGGCCGCCAGGUGGCCAUUGUCCUCUCCCUUUUUUCAGUACUGCCUAAUUAAGUUGUUUAUAUGGAGAGCUGCUGGAAUGCAGUAGCAUCUAUUUGGGACGAACUGGAACAAGGAACUUUAGCUGCCACCACCUUUAGAGGGAAAUCCCAGAGAAGGAAACUCCCUCUGCCAAAGCAGGUACAGACUUCCUUGUGGUCUGAGAUAGCGAGCUGCAUGGAUUCUGAAGAAUUGAAGCUAUUUACCCAGGGCCGCAUGCCCAGUACAUGGCUGAGGGGGGCCUUCGACCCAGCCUGGCUCUGACCUUUACACCAUGGCUGCCGCUUUGGGCACAAAUACUGUUUCUGUAUGUGUUGUUUCUGACCCUACAGAAUUGGGGGCCAAGUGCCCUUUAACCACCUUGAUUGGUGGUUGCAUGGACAGGCUUGUCAGGUGCCUGAAGGGGGUGGCUAUGGGUGUGAGGGAGAGAAGGCCUGAGAUGGAGGGAGGGCUGCCAGGUUUAUCCUUGCCUUGCAGUGACUUCCAUCUAGUUGUGACCCUGCUCAGGAUUAGACAAGGCAGUCUGGAGUUGAGAGGCAUUGCUUUGUGGACUUGCCUUCUCUCCGAGUGAGUCGGGGAUAGCUUUCCUCUUUGAGAACUCGGAUGCCAGAUCUCCACUCUGCUGAGUUCUAGGUUUAAGUUACAGAUUCACUCACUUUCAUUGGAAGAUUGUAUUGUGCUAUGAGAGGUGGGGCUGUGUCAUUAUGGAAUGUUCUGGAACCUCCUAUGUUCUCUGUAUAAUACUGCUUGUUGUAAUGCUUUUCCAUUAAUAUGUAAAUCUUGAAUAUAAAAAUAGAUUUUUCUUAUUAA